AGAGCGCCAUGGGCCACAACUGGCUCGACGUGGCCAACGGUCUCAGCCUCGUGCACAGGAUCACGCAGCCACACACCGUCAACGAAAACAUUGUCGGGGCCAUUCGCGUAAAGUUUUCGCAAAACAACAAGCCACAGGACGUCAUCAACCUCCUGGUCGAAGAGAGCAACAGGUUGUACACGAGUAACGUCGAGAACGGAGUGUACCGCUGCGACACCGACUACAUGACGCUCCGGACCGUCAUGCCGGCCGAGCGGGUCACGGACGACGUUAACAUCAUCGAUCCGGCCAUCUCUACGACGCUGCGUGACCACAACGAGCUCAUCAUGAAGAGUUCCGACACGAUCCCCGUGCCGCGGACCAACCACUACGUGCUAGCCCUGCAGAAGGAGAAGGCGCCGGCCACCGAGGUGUCGGUCCUUAACAUCGCCUCCAUCAUAGAACAGUGCAUGAGCAACGGGCGCGUGGACUCUCGCUUCGUCGAAGUGCACAAACAGUCGGACCAGGGCACGCAGGAGCUCAACAAAUUUUACAGCCAGGCCUGUUGCGUCUCGCCCCGUAACCUCGGUCUGUUUCUACAGUGCCUAAACUUUGAGAUGAUGGACUCGGACAUGUUUGGGGCCACCUUACAGUGCCUCAAGAUGACCAAAUGCAUACCCACUCCGCGCCAGGAAGAAAUUUCCACCUACUCAAACACGGCGCUAUUUCGGAUGGCCACCAACCUGUUUUAUCACACGCGUUUCUCUAGGAACUACCGCGGCGAAAACACCUACCUGUACGACUCGCGCUUCUUUAACGACUUUCUACUCUGGGUCCAGUCGCCCAACUAUCUGGAACACCACAUCUCGCCUAGCGUGUCGUCGUCCAUCAUCUCGUGGUGCACGUCCAUGUCUACUGCCAUGCACACUACGCGCGACGCCAACGGAGCGAAGUGCGCCAUGGCGGCCAUAUCCACGUGCGAGGUGGACCAACGCGUACUAGCCGACUUUUUGAACAUGUUCAUCAAGCUCUUUAUCGAGGACGAGACCGAGAUUAGCGUCAUCAACAAGAAAUUUCUCGAGAAGGAACUACUCAAGGCUUUUGCCUCCGUGUCUAAUUGCUACAACCUGUUUAGGGGGCAGUUUGUUUCGGCGACGGCCAUGCGCCUCUUCCUAGCCCGUUGUAGGUGGUCCGUGGCCGACGACGUGGAAGUCAUCGUUCCGGUCGAAACAAAGUUUCUCAAAAGACUGAUAUGCGACAGCGACGACCUGUUGUCCAACUCGAUGCGAGACAAGCUCCGUAAAACCAUGGAAGACGUCUCCACGAUGAUGGCGCCGCUACUCUCCAAUCCAUCCACGUCCACGCCUCGCAGCAAGGACGACGACAGCAACGUGCCCAUAUGCAUUUGAAAUAAAAAACCGCCAA